GUGCCGCUGGUCGGUGCUUUCCAGUUGAAUGUGAAAAAUAAAUCGGCCCGGAAGUUCCGAUGGUCUUCAUAAGCUGUCAGUACAUAUAGGAGUCCAGACUUCGCAGUCAGACCUGUGACUCCACCACCACACGCUGAUACCGGGCCGGUUACUGAACUUCUCUGAGCCGGUUUACUCAUCUGUCAAAUUCCCCAAACUGCAGCAUCUCCCAGGAUGUAAUGAGGUGUAAAAAGAAAUGAGGUGGUAGGUGAAGCACCAGGAACAUAAGAGCGCCUAAUUCAUGGAAUUUGAAAAGAUUCCCCUGUUUAUGAAGAAAGCACCAUCCGAAAUUGAUCCCAAGGAGAAUCCUGACUUGGCUUGCCUCCAGUCAAUUAUUUUUGAUGAGGAGCGAUCACCAGAAGAACAGGCUAAGACCUAUAAAGAUGAAGGCAAUGAUUACUUUAAAGAAAAAGACUAUAAGAAGGCUGUGACUUCAUACACAGAAGGAUUAAAGAAGAAAUGUACAGAUCCUGAUUUGAAUGCUGUCCUUUAUACCAACCGGGCAGCAGCACAGUACUAUUUGGGCAAUUUUCGUUCUGCCCUAAAUGAUGUGAUGGCUGCCAGAAAGCUGAAGCCUCGCCACCUCAAAGCAGUAGUACGAGGUGCCUUAUGCCAUCUGGAACUGAAACACUUUGCUGAGGCUGUGAACUGGUGUGAUGAAGGGCUGCAGAUAGAUGCCAAAGAGAAGAAACUUCUGGAAAUAAGGGCUAAAGCAGACAAGCUGAAGCGAACUGAGCAGAGGGAUAUGAGGAAAGCCAAGGUGAAGGAAAAGAAAGAGCAGACUCAGAAUGAGGCUUUACUCCAGGCCGUCAAGGCUCGGCACAUCAGGCUGGUCUCUGAAGCUGCCAGUGAGGAUGAAGAGUCAGUCGCAGGAGGCCUUGGUGAGCUUUCCCUGGAUGGACUCAGCUCUGAGAACCCCUAUGGAGCCCGGCUGAGUCUCGACGAGCUGGGCCGACUGAGCUGGCCUGUGCUCUUCCUGUACCCGGAGUACGCCCAGUCGGACUUCAUCUCUGCCUUUCAUGAGGACUCCAGGCUCAUCGAUCAUCUAAUGGUGAUGUUUGGUGAAACGCCCUCUUGGGACUUAGAGCGGAAAUACUGCCCUGAUCAUUUGGAGGUCUACUUUGAGGAUGAGGACAGGGAAGAACUGUACAAGGUGCCUCUCAAGAGCACGCUCUUGCAGGUUCUGCAACACCCCAGGUACUUGGUAAAAGCCCUGACACCGGCGUUUUUGGUCUGUGUGGGAUCCUCUCCUUUUUGCAAGAACUAUCUCCAGGGAAGAAAGGUGCACCAGAUACAGUGAUGGAGCCAGGCCGUGGAACCAGGCUCCGAUCUCUCUGUCACCUGUCUCUGCCUGGUGCCUGGAGACGGGGUGCAAGGAACUGCAGCCUUCCCUGAACUGCAGCCCAUCCGGCCCGAGAACUGAGCUCUGGCUGCCUUCAGGCUCCUCGUGGCGUGCAGCACUCUGCGCCCCAGUCCUGGCAUUUGUGGGCUCCGUCUCUGAAGGGACUCCUGCCGUAGUCGCCCUGCUGCAGUCACCCCCGCAACUGGCCAUGGACAUUACUGGC